ACACCGGUGUACCUGCGAGACUAAUCUCAGGGCUAAGUUCAGAGGGUAGGGGAGGACAUGACGUCACCGCGCAGCGGCGAAGUUGCGGACAUCGCGAUCAGCAGAAGCUGGUGGGGACUGCGCGGUUAGCGGACAGACACAGAUUACAGUCGGUGCUGAUCCAGGAUGAAGAUUUAUUUUUGCGGGAGUAUACGCGGCGGCAGAGACGACGUGCUCGUGUAUCGGAGGAUCGUGAAGAAGCUGCGGAGCUAUGGGACCGUGCUGACCGUGCACGUGAGCAGCACGGAGCUCACAGAUCAAGGAGAGGACGCCUCGACAGCCAGCGACAGAUUCAUCCAUGAUCGAGACGUGGCCUGGCUGCAAGAGUCUGACGUGGUGGUGGCCGAGGUCACCCAGCCAUCUCUAGGCGUUGGUUAUGAACUCGGCCGUGCCUUCGACAUGAAGAAGAAAAUCCUGUGUCUGUUCAGACCAUCAUCAGGACGCACUCUGUCCGCCAUGAUUAGAGGAGCUGAUGAUGGCAACCGGUUUCUGGUGAGAGAUUACAGCGAGGACAAAGUGGAGAACAUUCUGGAAGAGUUCUUUGAGAACCAGAAGAAAACCUAAAGUAGCUGCCAGGUGGAGACCAGUGGCUCUGUGAACAGUGAUGCCAUUCUCAGCCUCGGGGGGGAGGAGGGGUUCAUAGCUGGUGGACUCACACACAUCACAGUGAGGACACCACAUUCACUGGUGCUGGUGGUCUCUGGAUUUAUGGGAAAUAAAACCAUUCAAAAUCACCAACUGCAUCCUUUUAACAAACCAGUCGUGUCAACAUUCGAUACCAAACCUUUAUUCUAUGGGACACUUUAUUUUCUGUAUUUUGUCCUGUUUCUGACUGUGGCUGGAGAUGUGACAUAUAAAUGUGGUUCUUUAUACAAGAUUGUUUUGAUACACAUCCUAGACAAAUGUACAAAACUAAAGUAACACUAAACUGAUCUGUUGUAUUGGACCAAAUUAAAUUGUCCAGGUGUAUCUAAUAAAGUGGUCUGUGGGCAUAUAUGAGAUUGUUAUAGU